AUGUGGGAUCAGGAACUUGCAGAGUUGCUCAAACUCGACAUUACUCUUCUGUCUAAUGACCGUAGUAGGGAGGUGGUGUUGAAACCGCCUACAGGCCAGUACUUGAAGCAGGAAAGACAGGUGAUUAUUUGGACUCGCAAACGCGAUCUUACUGAGCGAGUCUAUGUGGAAGAGUCGCAUCAGGGGGAACUACGAGCAGUUAAGCGAGUCGCUUGGCGAGACAAGACGAUCGCCAACUACCGUUCUGAAUUGGUUGUGCUGGGGAGGCUAUCAAAAGCAGCAAGUGUACAAAAAAAGCACUUCGUCGACUUCCUAGGAUGGUUCACGGCCACCCUAAGUGACCACGUUUACUUUGUAAUGGAAUACUGUCGCUUGGACGAUAUAUCCGUGUGCUAUCCUAAUCCACUACCAGAAGCAGUAACCUGGUCUAUCUGCGAACAGUUGCUGGAGGCUCUGUCUAUAUUACAUGAACUUGGAAUUACUCACCGUGAUGUUAAACCACAGAAUGUACUCGUUGUGGAGAAGACCCCGAUCUGGGUCAAACUGGCAGAUUUUGGAAUCAGCAAGCUUACGCAAGAAGACGAAACUGAACUGCGGACAAGGAUUGGAACGGACGGGUAUAUGGCACCAGAGGUUUUUGGACUUCUGGACGACUCGAGAGAAAGUUCAAGCUAUACAAGCGCAGUUGACAUCUGGUCACUUGGAUGUUUGCUAUACUACACCUUGACCAAGCGUACACCUUUCUCUACGUUUUUGUCGCUUCAAGCCUAUGCUAAAGGUGAAGCCGCUUUCCCUGAACAACCUUUGUAUGAAAAGUGUGUCUGCUUUAGUGGUCGGGCUUUCAUUCAAAGGCUUUUAUUGCCAUCACCAGAAGCUCGUCCCAGGGCCUCAAAGCAGUUGCUUGCCAAUUGGAUCAUGGAUGCCAACGCCAAACCAGAUCCACCCUCAGCACUAGACCCAGACGACCUCGUAGGCAUGUCCGCAUUCCAACCGCUUUCCAACAAGAACAGUUCAACCAAAUAUGAGAUGGGUCCUACAUCUCUCCCUUCUCCACCUGGGCUGGAAAUGGAUUAUUUUUCAUUUGAGCUAUGGAAUUUGAUCGGGAAUACCCAAUCUCUGACCGAGACACUCGAAGCCAGUGCUGGAAUUCCCAGAGUCUAUGUGGGAGCUUUGAAAAGUGUCGCUGAAGCUGCUGCAGAAAAGGCAGUAAAAGAACACGCUGAAUACCUGAUAGAAAUCAACAAAUUACCCAGACCAAGCACAGAUCGACUUCGAGCACUCCUUGACGAAGGGGCGAACCCAAACAUACUUCACAAUGGCUACACCGCGCUUCAUCUCGCCACAAUGAACGGCUAUAUUGAGUGGGUGACGAUCCUGCUCCAGUAUGGUGCAGAUAUGAAGAUACGCACUGAGAAGCACGAGAGUUCUGUCCUUCAUUUAGCCGCCUCGGAGAUGUGCCAGGGGUAUUACUUAUUAGGGUCAAAGAUGGUCAAGUUUUUUCUCGACCAAGGAGCUGACCCGGAUCUCCCCAAUGUUGUCGGACGCACUCUAUUGCAUGAGAUGGUUCGCGCUGCAGCCUGUCAUAAGACGGAGCCGUACGCCUUGGACUUGAUUCGUUGGCAUGUUGGGAACUUGAUGAAGCGGGGAGUCUCUACAGAGCACAAGAACCUAGGGGGACAUACCCCACUCAGCUAUGCAAUAACGUUUAGACUCGGGAAGAUGGCGACUUUGCUCUUAGAGAGUGGAUCCAGGCCAGAUACCGUCGACUUCAAGGGCCGAACACCUUUACAUCUCGCCGUCGCAUCAGACAAAGUGAGCGCCGAAUUCGUGGGGCGGCUCAUAAAAGCUGGAGCUAGUGUCAGCCAGGAAGAUAUGCAGAAUCACUCACCCCUGUUUGUGGCCGCUAGUAAUAAUGUGAGAGGUGAGGUCAUCAACCUUCUACUUGAUUGCGGUGCAGACUGUGAAUUCGAGGACGCAGUCGUGAUGAGACGCAUUAGGCGCGUGAAAUACUGGCGGAAGGUGAAGAAAGGCCUCUUCAAAUCUGCGUGA